UAGAGUACAUAUAACAAAAUCUUGAUAGCACUUUCCUGAAUCUUCUUCUUCAAUGGCCGUCUCGCGUUGCUCGCUUGCACUUCCGCUGCAGACUGCAGACCCCCUCUUCACCGCUGCGUCUCUUCUCACACCACCCCUUCCGGCUCUCUCCUACUCACCUUUGCGGCGACGCAAUUUCUGCUUUCCUCUCCCACCCUCCCCUGCAUCCCUGCUUCGAGUGAAAUCUAAACCAAACGAAGCAGAAGCCAUUCCUCUUGCAUAUACCUUUACUGAAUUCAAGCAGUUGCUCCUUCCAGUCAUAGACCGUAACCCUUAUCUUACAGACGGUACAAAGCAGGCAACAUCGACAAUUGCUGCUCUGGCAAAGAAAUAUGGGGCUGAAGUAACAGUUGUAGUUAUCGAUGAAAAGGAGAAGGAAACAUUGUCGGAGCAUGAUACUCAACUAGCUAGUAUUCGCUGGCAUUUAGCUGAAGGGGGUUUCCAAGAAUUCAAACUGUUAGAGCGACUUGGAGGAGGAAACAAGCCGACUGCAAUCAUCGGAGAGGUUGCUGAUGAAAUGAAUAUGGAUCUGGUGGUUUUGAGCAUGGAGGCCAUCCACUCCAAACAUGUCGACGCAAAUCUUUUAGCGGAGUUCAUCCCUUGCCCGGUCUUGCUUUUGCCUCUAUAAUAAUUUUUGGCCGUGGAAGGUAGUUUUGAGUUCCGGAAUGUGACUGAGUUAUGAGAAAUUGUUUUUCAUGCCCUUUUGAUUUAAUCAACCAACUACUAAAUCCACUUAUCAAACUACUAUGGAGGAAUAAAUUAUGUUAUAACAGAGCUUGUUUAUGUUUUGAA